UGACAGGGGCAGCGUGGGGAUGUGUGCGGUGGAGAGCGGUAGACCCGGCGCGCCGACGUCUUUGCCUCUCCGCGAUUUUCUCUCGGACUCCUCGUCCGAGUCGCUAAGGAAAGGAUUGACACUAGACGCCGCCAUCUUGCUUCUCGUCUUCCUGGUUGUAAUCUCGCGAUAGUGCUACUGUGGGAUAGGAGAUUCGCACCUUCGACCCACCUUCUCUAACCGUUUAUUGGGUAUGCGCUCAGAAAACGUUUCAUGACUGACAGCAUCUUUCACCAAUAACAGCAGGGUCGAUUCGGCAAUCAGAUUGUCCCGUCCACGAAACCGCCUGAGUGUCAGCGAACGCAGACCCUCAACGACAUUUAUAGAAUGUUAAUAAUUUCAGAGAAUGAGGUGUUUCUUUCUUUCCUCUGCUAACAGAAGUUUUAUUAUUUUAUAAGUAAUUGAUUGCCGCUGUCGAAGGAGACAAACUUGACAUUCGAUGCCGAAGGUCAAAAGUCGCAACGUUCCUCCUGGAAUGAAGUGAUCAGAUUUAUGUCUAAACAUGCUGGCAUUUUUCCUGAUUGGCUUGCUUGUGCAUCUCAUCUUCUUUGCCUCCAUUUUUGACAUUUAUUUCACUUCUCCCCUUGUGCAUGGAAUGACUCCUCAUCGAACAUCACUACCGCCACCAGCUAAACGUCUUGUUCUUUUUGUUGCUGAUGGAUUGCGUGCAGACACAUUUUUUGAGCUGGAUCAGGAUGGACAAACACGUUCACCAUUCCUUCGGAAUGUGAUGGAGCACCAUGGAAGCUGGGGUGUGUCUCACACACGGGUUCCAACUGAAUCCAGGCCCGGUCAUGUGGCCUUGAUUGCAGGGUUUUAUGAAGAUGUCAGUGCUGUAGCUAAAGGUUGGAAAGAAAACCCAGUGGAAUUUGAUUCUGUUUUUAAUGAGAGCAAAUACACCUGGUGCUGGGGAAGUCCUGACAUUUUACCAAUGUUUGCGAAAGGUGCCAGCGGUGAUCACAUCUAUAUGCACAUGUACCCAGCUGAGAAGGAAGACUUUGCUGCUCAGGAUCCUUCAAAGCUGGACACCUGGGUUUUCAAUGAAGUAAAGGAGUUUUUCGAAUUUGCCAAAAACAAUGAGCUGUUGUCAAAAAAAAUGAGACAAAAUCAAAUUGUUUAUUUCCUUCAUUUACUUGGCCUGGACACCAAUGGGCAUGCUCACAGGCCAACAUCAAGUGAGUAUAAGGAAAAUAUCCGAAUAGUCGAUAAAGGUAUUGAAGAAGUUGUGUCUAUCAUUGAAGACUUCUACAGAAAUGAUAAGAAGACUGCCUUCAUCUAUACUUCUGAUCAUGGGAUGACAGAGUGGGGUUCACAUGGUGCAGGCCACCCCUCAGAAACCCUCACGCCCUUGGUUGCAUGGGGAGCUGGAAUAAAUGAGCCGUUGGUUGAGUCAAAUCAACAAUUUCAAGAUGAUUUUCUCCAAGAAUGGAAACUAAAUGACUGGAGGCGAUUAGAUGUAAACCAGGCUGACAUAGCACCGCUGAUGGCUGCUUUAAUUGGAGUUCCCUUCCCUCUAAAUUCGGUGGGCAUUUUACCUUUGGAAUACUUGAACAACAGCAACCAUUUUAAAGCUGAAUGCAUACUGACAAAUACUAUGCAAAUAUUGGAACAGUUUACGGUGAAGAUGAUUCACAAAAAAGAGACCACACUGUCCUUUUUGUUUAGUCCGUUUAAACCCUUUUCCCUUUCCAAAGGGCAGGACAUGCUACGCAAAGCCCGGCUAUAUAUUCAACAGCACCAGUACAAUGAAGCAAUUAAUCUUUGCAAGUCAUUAAUAAACCUUGCCCUGGAAGGACUCUCUUACUAUCAUACCUAUGACCGAGUCUUCUUGGGAAUCAGUGUGGUGCUGGGAUUUGUGGGGUGGACAACUUACGCUUUUGAGCUGAUUGUCAAACACCACACAAGACUAAACAAGCGAGUUUGCCAGCUGGACAAGCCAUCCUCCAGUGAUCACCUUCCUACAAUAUUCAUUGGGGCUGCUGUGGUGAUAACACUGUUUCUGCUGAUUCAGAGCUGUCCAUGGACCUAUUACAUUUAUUGUCUACUGCCAGUCCCAGUGUGGUACGCAGUCAUAAAGGAGUUUAGAGUUAUUCAAGAUGUAAUAAAUUUACUUUUUAUUCAUCCUGCAAAAUCCAUGGGCUGUUUAAUACUUUUUAUUCUCGGCAUUGAAACAAUGAUUGCGAGUUUUUUCUACCGGCAAGUCCUCAUCUUUGGGCUGGUAUCUAUUGCCAUUUGGCCAGUGCAUUCAAAGCUGUUGCAUCAGAACAAGGCCAUGUCUUUAAGCUGGAUCUUUUUCAGCUUCAUCCUGGCUGUAUUUCCACUGAUGCCAGUUGUAGGCAGAAGCCACAAUAUUAGUCUUGUAACUGUAGCAGGAAUAUUGACGGUCAUCUGCAGCUUCAUCUUCCUCAAUUCUUUCAAGAUGGCAAAGGUGAAAUCCGUUGAAACUACAACAGUGAACAGAAGCGUUUACACUGCACAGAUCGCAGGUCUUGUUCUAUCAAUCUAUGUAGUGAACAUGACACACUCCAGUUUGGCAGAUAAACAGGGGCUCCCUUUAGCCAGUCAGAUCAUCAGUUGGACAACACUUGCCUCCUCCUUGCUGAUUCCUUUGCUUAGCUCAACAUCACUCUUCCAACGACUGCUAAGCAUUAAUCUCUCGUUGAUGUCAACCUACCUCUUGCUCAGCACAGGAUAUGAGGCUUUAUUUCCUCUGGCGCUGGCCUGCUUGAUGUUUAUUUGGAUCAAUCUGGAGCAAGAGACAAUCCAGUUUCACAACACCUUUCCUGCUCCAAAGCAGUUAUCUGUGAUAGAUUUUGCUCAGAGCAUUGACGGAGCUCUGAUUCGACACCUCGAGCUAGAUGACGUUAGACGAUCUUAUUUCUUUAUUUUCUUCAUUGUGACGGCUUUCUUUGGGACUGGAAAUAUAGCUUCUAUCAACAGUUUUGAUCCUGCAUCAGUCUACUGCUUCUUGACUGUUUUUAAUCCUUUCGUAAUGGGAGCAUUAAUGAUGUGGAAGAUCCAACUUAUCCAAACUUUCCUCCUUUAUAAAAUCACCCCAUCAUCCCAGGAAUCAAUCAAGUAAACCUUGGAACUGCUUCCAGUGUAACUACAUUAUUAAAUAAGGAGUCCAAAACUGUACACAGUGUCUCACCAAUGCUGUGUAUAAUUGUAGCAACAUUUCAUUUUCCUUGCAAUGAAUGACAAUGUUCCGUUUGCUUCUGUUGUACAUGAAUGCCAGUGUUUUGUGAUAAAUGUACCAGGACACCCAGAUCUUUUACUACCACAGUUUCACAAUUUUGCUCCAUUUAAAUAACGUGUUUCCCUGUUUCUCUUGCCAAAGCUGAUGAGUUCACAUUUUCUGAUGUAAUACCAUAUUUGCCAAUGGUUUGUCCACUAAUUCAGCCUAUUGAAAUACUUUUUUAGAGUCUUUAUGUCCUCACAAUUUACUUCCCUUGCUGCCUUUGAUUUCUGCUUCAAAUUGUGUAAAGAGCCUCUUGCUUUAUAUAGCAUUUUUCAUGACCCAGUCCACUUUUGCAGCUGAUGAAGUAAUUUUGACUGUUGUGAAUUUUGUGCUAUAACAUAGUUAUAACAAAGGAAAUAUGCUUGCAGACAGCAAACUCCCAAAACAGCAAUGUGCUUUUGAUUGAUGAUUUGUUUUAGUUGCAUAGGUUAAAAAAUAAGGCUGGGACAUUGAAUAUAAUCAAGGCUGUGUUGGACAGAUUCCCAACUGAUAAGAAAGUCAAAAGGUAUUGGCCAGCACACCAGCAAGAGCUCCCCCACCAUUGGUUGAAUGGUGUUAUGGGAUCUUCUACAUUUGCUGAGCAGGGUCUUGGUCUCUUAAUUGAAAGACAACUUGGUAGCACCCCGUACUACUACAGUGAAAUUCCAAUAUAGAUUUUGCGCUCAGGGCUGUGGUAAAUCUUUUAUACACCACCACACGUUGUGUGCCCUUCCGGCUCUCAAAAUAACACUGAUUGAUAGCCUAAUACUAUUAAUCUGACUUGAUAGAAACAAAACACUGAGGACCCAUAAAAGACCUAUUGUACCUCAACGUGGUGUUGGCAGUGUCUCAUGAUUGACAAAGUUGUUAUUCAAACAAAACUCUCUUGUUGAUAUUAAGGAUUGUCCUCUCCUAAUGCUGAGAUUUCUGCUAUUUAAUUAGGAAACUGUACAAAUUCUGUUGGGUACCUGCUAACACAGUACUGUUGCUUCUCAGUGACUGCUAAUAAAGACAUGAAUGUGACAAUAUGAUGUGGUCAGAUAGUGCAGAAGAGAUCAGUUUUAUCUGUGGUAAUGUCAUUGGGUGAGUAAUCUACAGGCUAAGGCAAAUGCUCUGAGGACACUGGUUCAAUUCCCACCAGCUGGUGAGAUUUAAAUUCAGUUACUCAGUCUGGAAUUGAAAGCUUGCCUCUGUAAUGAUGACCAUAAAACCAUCAUCGAUUGUUCUAAGAACCCAUUUGGUUCAGUAAUGCCCUUUGGGAAGGAAAUUUGCUAUCGUUAUCCAGACUGGCCUACAUGUGUCUCUAGACCUACAGCAACGUGGUUGCCUCUUAACUGGCUUCUGUAAUGUCCCAACAAGCCACUCAGUUCAUGGACAACUAAAGCUGGGCUACAAAUGCUUGUUUGCUAGUCAUGAAACAUCACAUGAAAGAAUAAAGAAACAAAACCUUGAUGUUGCUGUUGGAUAAACAGUUUUGGUUGAUUUACUCAUUUGAUAUAAUUUGAAGAAUUUUGACCAUUACACCUAAAGUUUUAUAAUUCAUCUGUUAUUUAUCUUGAUGCGAAGGUUUUCACUAUGGUGUACGAUACGAACCAAACAC